UUCCGCUUCGUUCUCGUUACUAAGCAACGACGAACGCUCCGUGGGCUAGCUUGUGCGCUAGCUUGGAUGGGCUAAGAAAGAAAACAUGGACGAUGACGAAGAUCUGGACGAACUUUUAGACGAAGUCGAAAAAAAGUUUUGUCGAAACGUUUCUGUCGCAGCUUCAGCUCGAGGGGGGGGCACGAGCGAGCCCGGAGGAGCGAGGAGGCUCAGGAACCCUGUGGAGCAGAUAAGCAGCAUCACUGAGGACAUCGAUGAACUUCUGGAAGAAUUAGUGGACGAACAUGGAGGUUUCCACCAGUCAGAGAGAGAAAAACUUCCUAAAGAACCACGAGCGGAGCAGAAGCCUCCGUCUCAGUCUGGAGGGAGAAAGUGCUGUCCUGUGUUCGUGGGAGGCUGUUCUGUUACAAAUGGCGUUGGAACAGCCACAUCCAAGAGCAGGUCCUGUGACCAGCUGAGGUGUAUAUCCUGUGACUUCAGGGUGCUGAUGUUUGACGACUGUGAGUGGGACUCGUCCUGUGAUUACCUGUUCCUCAGGAACAACGUGCCGGACCGUCAGAAGCUCCGAGCCAAACUGAAGAAGAGGAGAGGUUUCCGGGCUUACGCCUGCCAGUGCAGCUGGUUCUCCUCCUCUUCCUCCUCAGAGCCGACAGACCUCCGGGUCCAGCCUCAGCUCAGAUGGGUCUGUGGAAAACAUCAGGACUGACGUUCAGAAACUGGAACGAAAAUGUGACUGACAGAAGAACUUCUGAUACUUCCAGCCCGUCCCCAUGAAUCUGUAAAGUGAGAGUGGAUUUUAAACAGUGUGUGUUUGCAUUGUUCAGUGCUGACUCUGCGCUGGAUCAGGCGUCUCUGAAACAGAAGAGUGAUGGACUGAGGAAGACAGGGUGACAGAAGUCUGACUCAGCCUCGGACAGCAGGGGUCACUGAGGAGGAGGAGGGGGAGCGGCAGGAGGAGGAAGAACGAGAAAACAACAGACGGAGAGAUUGAAGACUGAAGUGUCGGCUGUUGUCUCCUUCUGCCGGAGUCAACUUGUCUGUUCUGGAAGAAAACUGAGCGACUGAGAGGAACAAAGCAGUGAAGCUUCACGUUAUUAGAUGUUCACAUCAUUUCAAAUACAUUUCUAAAAGAAGAAUAAACACCAGGCAGACAAACGUUUUCUCUCAUCACUGCCUCAGUUAGCUGGUUAAACACAGAAACUACCACCCGUCAUUUUCUAUAGACUAUCUAUCAGUGGAGGCGCCCCCUGCUGGUUAUCAUACAGAACACAGGUUUCAGGGGCUUCUGAAUUCACUUUCUGAAACACUCUGUUUUACAUUAUUGAAGUUUAUGGUUUUUUUCAUCAUUUAAUUUCUGCUAAUGUUCUUAUUAGAUUUGUUUGAUUGUCUUCUGUGUUGUCGUAGCUCGGUGCUGUUAAUAAAGUUGAUUUAAAAACACA